AUGGCGGCUAGUCCUUCUUCUUCUAAAAGUAAAGUCUUUUCUUUGGAAGAACGUAAGAUCCAGGCCCAUAAACUUUGUGGUGAAUAUCUUGGAGGAAGCUGGAGUGAAGUGUCUCUGAAUGAAUUUGGUUUUAAAGUGCUCACUGGUGGCCUCUCCAAUGAGAUUUUCAUCUGUAACCUUCCAGAACACUUCGCUGAGAAUAAACAAGAAGUUCGCAAAGUUCUGUUUAGAAUAUAUGGAAGAUUGGUUGGAAAACUAAUAAGUAACAUCCAUUCUUUAGUAGCAGAGAAUGUUGUGUUUGCUCUCCUUGCUGAGAAAAAGAUUGCACCUAAACUUUAUGCUAUUUUUCCCGAAGGACGGCUUGAAGAAUUUUUACAAGCAAAAUCUUUAACUGUAGCUGAGAUAAGAUCUGCAGAAAAUUCUGUUAAGAUUGCAAGAAAGUUGAGGGAAUUUCAUGGUCUGAGUUUACCACUGGGGAAAAAUCCUAAGUGGUUUUGGGAAAGAUGUGAAAGCCUUAUGAGAGAUGCUGAAAUAUUUUCAAAUGAAAAUAGUGAGGAUGCUUUGAGGCUGAAGAAAUUCUUUAAAACCUUUGAUGCAGAUAAUGAGUACAAGAUUAUGAGAAAUAUAGCAGAGUCUAAAGCAGGACCCAUCCUCUUUUGCCACCAAGACAUCCAGGAAGGUAAUAUUCUGUCUGUGCCAAGAGACGUGGAUAAUGAGGGACAGCAGCAGUAUGACUUGCUAUUUAUUGACUAUGAGUACUGUGGGUACAACUACAGAGGCUUUGAUCUCGCUAACCAUUUUAAUGAAUGGAUGUGGGACUACAAACACGAAGAGGCGCCCUACUACUUGUAUAAUCCCGAGCUAUUUCCCUCUUUAGAACAGCAGUUGCUAUUCAUAAGAACGUAUCUAGGAGAGCAGACGAAUUGCCACAGCCAGGAUAAGAUAUCGCCUAAAGAACAAGAGUUACUUGAUGAAGUACAAAGAUUUGCUUUGGUAUCGAACUUUUUCUGGGGCAUGUGGUCAGUAGUUCAAGCAAAGAUGUCGAACAUUGAAUUUGGAUAUCUUGAAUACGCUUUCACAAGAUUCGACUCAUACAGAAGACAAAAGAAAAAACUUGGUUUGGAAUAAUUAAUACUUCGAAUUAUAUAGAUAAUCCGACUUGAUUAGGCAGGUAUUCCAAGGGAAAAAAGCACACAUACUUCCCCACAUGGAGAAAAUUGAAAAUCCUGGUGUUGGGGAUGGGGAAAGUUAUGGUCUUAUUUCCAGGGGUUGGGAAUCCCCUUAACCAGAGUUUCCGGGAGAGUGACUAUCCGAGAAAUACAUAUUUAUCACAGUAUUUAAACCAUAUUAUAAUUUUGUUUAACCCUGACACACGAAAAACAAUUCAGUUAUCAAUUCAGUGUACCCAUGUGUUCAUCAUAAUCGUACACAAUCUUUUAGCAGAUUGAACCUUUUUUAAGGGGAUAGAAAUAUUUACAAAUAUUUAAAAAGAACAUCGGUUCUGGAGCCGACUUUUGUCAAGGAUCUUUUAGUACCGCAAAAACUCAUGCACGUAAGGCGUACUCUUCAAUAACGAACUACAUCCUGUUAAACCAUUGUGAAAUUCUACAAUAUGUUUCCAUUUCAUUGCUAAAUUGUAAAAUAGUCCAUGGAUAAUUAUGUUUCUCAAUACGAUAAGAUAUUUCAAUUUUCAGGAUGUAGCCAACAGUGACACACUGAAUCACGCACAAGUCUGUUCCAGAAUCUUUAGAAUACCAUUUAUAUCAAGUAUAGUAGCACAUACCGGGCCACAGGUAUCUUAAGUAUAAAGGACAAAGAAAAGACCAGGGACGGAUCUAGCUUUUCGCUGAAGGGAGGGGGUAUCAGUGACAAACUGAAUCACGUACAAGUCUGUUCCAGAAUCUUUAGAAUACCAUUUAUAUCAAGUAUAGUAGCACAUACCGGGCCACAGGCAUCUUAAGUAUAAAGGACAAAGAAAAGACCAGGGACGGAUCUAGCUUUUCGCUGAAGGGAGGGGCUCUCAAUGACAAAGGGUGGGGAUUAUUUUUUUGGCUUUUAACAUUUGGCUUUAAAAAGAGCAUGUGCACUAAUCAGGGUUUUUCUAAAACAAGAAAUACUUUUUCAACUUAAUGCUACUCUAACUUCACCAUUUAUUGGUCAUGUUGUUAAAAAAAAUCGCAGCAAAAUAGAUGUGUAGGGGUGUGCAAUUUAGAAGAACACUCACCAUCUAUUUAACAUAACUAUUUCCUUUAGCAGCGUAAAGGGGGGCAUAAACCCUCCCCCUAUAACCGCUACUGAAGACUAUAAUAAACAGGAAAAUGGCGCAAAGGGCCAUGGUCCAAGAGAAGGGUCACCCCCCCCCCUUCUUACUAUUACCCAAGCUUCUCUGCGCGCUUCUCAUGGUCUCGCUGUUCUUCGCUAUAAAGCGCAUUGGCAGUAGUAGCAGAUGGUAAAUUUGUAUAACCGAGUUUUUAUAUGCAUGAGUUACUGACACAUAAUACAUAGUCAUGGUACAUUAUAUAUGGAUUUGUGGGAACUAAGUAGGGGGUUCUGGUUCUAAAGGAUUUUAAUUAAAUACCAUUUAAUAGAUGAUAAAUACGUUUUGCGAGGAUGUCUUUAAUACACACUAUUUACCGGCAAUUGUAGUCGUGAUAGGCUAUAUGUAAACUUGUGAAAACAAAUUUUAUAGUAAGAAAAUAACGUU